UAUCCCCACCACUCCGUUAGAUGCUAAGGAAGUUCGUCGUAACUAAUGUCGAUUUCGAUGCACUCAAUUAUGCCAGAUCUGGCCAAACUGCUACAACAAAUUCAUCGUCGCUCUUCUCGUUCUCGAUACACUCAAUUAUGCCCGAUCUGGUCACACUGAUCGCUUUCUACCAUCUACAACCAUCGAUCGUUCGCUUCGAAGUAGUUUUCACGAUUUUUUAUUAACAUCGACCGAAUAAAUUUCGAUACUGAAAUCAUUCCGCGACACAUAACGUAACAAAUUUUUCUUUACUUUCCGUAUAAGUGAAGGAAAACAUGACGACAGCACUGUAUCUGGAACACUAUUUGGAUAGUUUAGAGCAUCUACCCAUAGAGUUGCAAAGAAACUUCACAUUGAUGCGAGAUCUGGAUGCAAGGGCGCAAGGAUUGAUGAAAGACAUAGACAAAUUAGCAGACGACUAUUUAAAAAAUUUGAAGACAGAGUCUCCGGAAAAGAAGAAGGAGCAACUGACUCACAUACAGAAUUUAUUCAAUAAGGCGAAAGAAUAUGGCGACGAUAAGGUACAGUUGGCGAUACAAACUUACGAAUUGGUAGAUAAACAUAUUAGAAGGUUAGACUCGGAUUUGGCAAGGUUCGAAGCAGAGAUACAAGACAAGGCUUUGAACAAUAGUAGAGCUCAGGAGGAAAACAAUGCCAGUAAAAAGGGCAGAAAGAAGUUGAAGGAAAAGGAGAAACGAAAGAAAGGCGCUGCUGGGGCCAGUAGCGAAGAUGAAUCGAAAACUGCUAGGAAAAAGCAGAAGAAAGGUGGAUCUGUUACUUCUGCUUCAUCUGCUGGUGCUGUAGGAAGCGGUGCACAAGUUGAUUCUACGGCGCUUGGACACCCAGCGGACGUCCUGGACAUGCCAGUCGAUCCCAACGAACCAACCUACUGUUUAUGCCAUCAAGUUUCUUACGGAGAAAUGAUUGGUUGCGAUAAUCCAGACUGCCCCAUAGAAUGGUUCCACUUUGCUUGUGUCGGACUAACUACGAAACCUAAAGGAAAAUGGUAUUGUCCUAAAUGUACACAAGACAGAAAGAAAAAAUAAAUCGUACAUCGAUCUAUUUUAAACAAAAGACUCGUACAUUGUUUCUAAAAUUAGUGUGUAACAGUUUUCAUGGUUCAACAUGAAACAAGGUAGGGAAUUUGUAAAAAAAAAAAAACCAGCAAACAAAGAAAGUGUCAAAGAAUGAGUUCGUGUUGCGUCUAAUGUUGCAUAAUGUUAAACGUAAUAUUAUUGGCAAUAUUGAAUGCAACAAAAAAUAUAGUAAAAUACCAGCUUAUCGCAGGGAACAAAAUUCGAGAAUCGGCCACGUUCAUUGUCCUUUCUAGAUGUACAAAGUAGUAAUUUAUUAUAAAUACCUGAAAUUCGAGAGCUUUACAUUCUUCUAUUGUUUCUCUUGACCGAUUCUCGAAAAAGUUCUUUCUUAUCGUGUAAGUAUUUAAUUAUAGUA